AACAAGUCAAAUGAUAACUCUCUGAGCGAUUCAAACUCCGGGACUAACGUCAGUAAAGUGAGGAAAAAUAUCCGCGAGUUUGAGCGCCGAUCCUCUAUUUGUGGCGACACUAUUGUCCCGCCGGUAGUGCCGGUCGUCGGACCCGUCGUACAGCCCAAGAAAGACUCCCUCACCGCUAGUACUCAUAAUAAUAGCAAUACUACUAAUGAUAGUAAUAGUAUGCGAAUGAGUAAAUCGUGUUUUGAAGUCGAUUGCUGUGACAAUAGCUCAUCCGGUGUCUCAUCGGAUGUGGACGGAGAGUACGGCACACAAAACCAGCCAAAAGGGGCGCAAAUGUCACAAAACAAUCAGCAAAUAAAUCGGCGAAACUCGCAAAACGUGUCCGAAAAGAUCGCCGUACUUAUGGCGGCCACAGCGCAGACCAGUCAGGCCGCAGCCAUGGCCGCCGCCGCGUCGGCCCAAUCGGCUGCCACCGCACAGCCCGUGCCUAUUAUGAGCUGUCAAACGGCGGGUCCGCCCACCGGAGCCGGCAUUUACGGCACUCGGCGUACGGCCAGCUGUUGUGACGAUAGCCACAAACAGCGGCCCAAGUGUUGGACAAACGCCGGUAGCGGCAGUCAGUCAAUGAUGGGCAGCGCGCCGACAGCCACCGGGCCCUCCAUUAGUAGUAAUUUAGUGCCAAAUCUACAGCAAAAGUCUGUGAAAUUUACAGCAAACUAUGCGUCAAACUCGGAGCCAAAAACAAAUACCACUAAUAAUAACGCCAUUAAUAGCUAUCCUAAUGCACAGCCACCGCAUCCGCAGCAACAACACCAACAACCACUACAGCACCAGAACAAGAUAUACGUCACCUCACAGUCCAAAACGGGUCAACCCAUACGACUACAGAUCGAUUCCUUGGGUCUGGCGGCAGUGAACGAAGUGGACGUAUUGGCCGAACUGGUGCCGCCACCGCCGGAGUUCGCCGCACCGCCGCCCGGACACCCGGGCGCUAAUCGCGGGGCGCCGGGCAGUGGCGGUGACCCAAUGCGGGCGCCGAUAGCUUUAAGUCAGAGCCAGCAGUUG